CUGUCCCCGCUGAGUCGCCCAGCCCGGGACGACGAAGAGGACGACUAGAGGAGAGAGAGGAGGAGGACGACGCGAGACGGGAGGAAGAGAAGGGAGGAGGAGGAGGCGGAGAGGACGAGAUACGCGGGACGGGAGGAGGAGGAGAAAGGAAGAGAGAAGGAGGAGAGAAAAGAAGGAUCAUCAUCAUCACGGCUUUGUUUGUCCCAGCCGCGAACUAAGACAGCUGAACGCGACGCACACAACCCACACCGGCCCUGCGUCUUCAUCAUCAUCGUCGUCAACAACAACAACCACUGCCCCGUGCUGCUGAGGCUGCCUGCACGGAGCGGGCCGGGCCGGACCCCCCCCGGGGUUUGGGUGGACCGAGAUCGGGUGGGUGGUGGGGGUUGGUGCCGAGUCGACCCCGGGAUCUCCGCUGUGCGGGACGGAACGAGUCGGGGCCGGGUCACGUUUGUUCGGCUCGUCGGAUUGAAUCUGGGACUACGAGGAGGAGGAGGGCGACGAGGAGAUGGCGGACGCGGCGUCGUACGUGCUGAUGCAGGCCGAGAACGGGAGCCUCGUCAGGGUUGAGCACGACCGCAAGAAGAGGCAGUUCUUCAUUCGCCUCAAUGGUUACAGUGACCGGGCCGUGCUGCUCUACGAGUACAUCGGCAAGAAGACGGUGGACUUGCAGCACACCGAGGUGCCGGACGGCUACCGCGGGCGCGGCAUCGCACGCCUGCUCGCCAAGGCCUCCAUGGACUUCGUGGUGGAGGAGGACCUGAAGGCGCACAUCACGUGCUGGUACAUCCAGAAGUUCAUCAAGGACAACCCCUUACCUCAGUACCUGCAGCGGGUGCAGAACUGACGCCGCCGUCGCCUCUUCCUCCCGCCGCCUCGUCGCCCACGGCAACCCCCCCUCCCCCUUCCCUCGCCUCCACCGGGGCAACGGUAACCCGGCAACGGUAACCGGGCAACGCCGACGGUGCUCGGCUGCGUCGCCCUGGUUAGUACGUCCGGUCCUCCGGUGGGCGGCGGUGAAGGGCGGCGGGGGUCGGGUGGUGGUGGUGGAGGGGAGCUGCCAUCUCCUCGCCGGCGCUGGCGAUGGUGCCCGAGCGUUUGCCGGGAGACGCGUGGGACUCGUGCCGCGCGUGCGAUGGACGGCCCCUGCCGCCGCCACCGCCGCUGCGGAGGCGGAAGAGGCGGUGAGGACGCAGGGGUGGGGUGGUUCCAGAACUGUUCGGCGGCGGCGGCGGCGCUCGAGAGAGAACUUUGGGAAGCGUGCGAUGGCACGGCCGUUGAGGAGGGCGGCCCACCGUAGCCACACGCCGGGCGGAAGGCACGGGGGCGGAUUAACUCGACACACAACGACGACGACGACGCUGCCGCCGUUUUUACUCCCGCCGCUUCGGAAUCCCGGUUUCACCGCGGUGGGGGACGUCGCGGUCGCGGGCGCUGGAGCCCGCGGUGCGAUUGCCCGGCUGCCCGCGUUGUCGCGGAGAGCGGUGAUCCGUUGAGGGUUGUGCGUAGGCCCUCCCGGGGUGGGGCGGGGGACACACCAUGCUGUCCCUUCGGUUUCGGGCAGCGUGCGCUUGGGCUGGACGAGGGAGUCGCCGCGCUGGGUUAGAGUGUUUGGGCGAAGCGACGCAUAACGAGACCGGGUGUAGAGGGUCAUUGGGUCGGGCAGAGUGAUUUGGGAGUGGACAGAAAUUAAUUGGCCUGUCAAAGAAAAGUUUUUUCGGGGUUGUGCAGAGGGACAUCGAGGUAAGGAUGCGUCACGGCAUUGGAUCAGAGAGUCAUUUGUCUGCGCAGAGCCAUAUAGCUGGACUGGAGAGGCAGUUAUUGGGGUGGGCAGUUAUUGUACUGGGUGGAAAGUGUUUUGGAUGGGUAAGAGAGUCGUUGGUUUUAGGAACGCAUCAUGGGGCUGUGCAGAGAGUCAUUUGGCUGUGCGGUCAUUGGGCUAAGUAGACAUUGAUUGGGGAAAAGUACAGUGGAGGUUAGCCACUGGGUAGAGAGUCACUGGGGUAGAGAAGUCACUGAGCCGUGUAAACAUGUCGUGGUGUCUGGUGAGAAAGUCGGUGGGUGAGGUAACGGCAUCGUGGUGUCGUGCAACUGGGCGAAGUGAUUCGUCAAGGGACUGGGUAGAGAAUCGUUGGGCUGCACAAAGACAAAGAUCCCCCCGUGUAUCCUGUAAACAGACUGUUGGGGCAAGUGCGGUUAGCGAGUAGCGGCACCUACGAAGGCCGGCACGGCGCACGAAGGGGAUGGGUGGCCAACGCCAUGCCCGGCCGCUUUUGUCUCCCUGGUGGCGAUGUUUACGGAACGCACCAGGUACUCAUUUGAGGCCGAGUCCACCUAGAGGGAGACCCCGGACCGGUUCAGAUAAUCGUCACCAGUGUUGUCCGUGAGCGGUAAUCGAACCCGGGCCGCAGGUGGUUCGUAGUGCGGCUGCGCUACCGCUCCCCGUUGCAAAUGGCCGGCCACACCCGUGAGUUCUGCUGGAGGCAGGAGGAGUUUGAAUUUGGAGGGCAAGGCCAUAAAAUCACUGGAGCUUCUGUAGGUUCUUGAUCUCUCCACACUCUCGCGCUCUCUCUCCCUCUGUAUCUCACGCUCCUCACCAGAGGUCGCAACCGGGUACCCGAUACCCGUACCCUACCCGAUACCCGGCUACCCGUUCGCGACCCUGGUGCGGCCGGGUACGGGUAGACCGUGAGUCACUGGUGAGUAACUGUUUGUCACUUAUUUCCCAACGUCUUGUCUCUUCUCACAAUUCAAGUUCCUAGAAUCAACCCACCCGCGCCUGCAACAUGGCUUCAUCCCAGAGAUCGCAACCGGGUACCCGAUACCUGUACCCUACCCUUACCCGGCCGGGUAGGGUAGGGUACGGGUACGGACGGGUACGGAUACCCUUUUGUGACCCUGGUGCGGCCGGGUACGGGUAAGGAAUCAAAACCCGUUUGCGACCUCUGCUCCUCACUCCCUCCGUCACGAUCUCCCCGGGUUUAUUUGAAUCGUCGUGCACACAACCCCCGUUUGACGUCGUUAUUACUGUCGCGAGCAUGGUCCAAGCUUCGCAUCCGCCCCCCCCCACCACUCUCCCCCUGCCAUCCUCGACUUAGUGCCUUAGUUUUUAUUUAUUGUCUUAGGUAGCUAGUACGUGUCCGUGUGUGUCUGCGAGUCCGUGUGUGUCCGUUUGCGUGCGCACGUAAGUCCGUGCGUGCGUGUGUCCGCGCAUCUGUAAGUCCGCGUGUCCGUGCGUGCGCGUGUUUUCCGUGUUGGAUUUGUUGUGGUGCUAUUUUUUGUUAUUUUUUUAUUUUACCGCAUUGUAGUCUUUCUGGCCUGUAACCGUAUUCGAUGGCUCGUCGUCGUCGUUGUAGUACCCGAGCUUUUAUUAUUUGAACGUCCGCCCUGUUCGUCACACCCGGCGUCCACGUUCACGUUCGUCCGCAGAUCCGGCGGGUGCGAGAGGUAGGGGAGGGGGGGGGAGCGGCGGCGACGCUGCAAACUCCACGGCGAGGAAACGCGAUUUGGGAGAGACGCAAAUUCUCCCGGGCGGAGACGACUUCCCGGAGAGACGUUGCGUCGAGUUGGGCCGCGCGCCACGGUUUGGCGGCGCCUUCAACCACGGAGCACUUUGGCGUAGGCCGCGUGCCGCAAGGCCGUCCCCGGCGGCAGUCGCGCCGCGGUUAAUCGUCGCCGCGGCCGAUGGGAGAAAACCGAUUCCAAAAAUGGCUUUUGACGCCGCGGCGAAUGGCAGCGGCCUCCGCGGUUUAUGCGGCGCGUACGAUUGGAUUGCGUACGUAUGUACGUUGAACUUCUUUCGCACCGUACGUAGCCGAUCGUGCUAACCGUAGGUGCAAUGGAAGGACAACGAACUAAACACAAAAAAGCACUUCGAAAGAAAUUACUUUUCAAUCUCGACGAUUUUCAAGUUUCAUAGCUCCAGCAGCUUCUGAAUAUUGGAAGGAAGAGCGUUUCCAGACGGCCAAAGAAGCGCAUCUGAAAGCGCCGCGCGAUGUGGUGACCACCACCGUCUUUGCUCGAUGGCUUAGCCAAAAGCCGCUGCCGCUGCGAUGAUGACCGGAGUUUGAAAGGUAUUGUGGUUCAUUUGUGGCGAGCAGUGCAAUGGACCAAAGCAUCACUACACCCCUAUCGUAUUGGUAUUAAUUAAAAUGAUUUUAUUUGGGCUACACUGGAGACUUCUACUAUCAAUCAUGCGCAGGGCAAUGGGCAAGUUGGUACAUCGCAGGACCGUGCGGGGACGGUCAUCGUCCAGCAGUGGAUUGAUCAUGGCUGAUGAUAUUGAUGAUGAUGAUGAUGGCGAUGAUUGUUUGUCAGUGGAAGAUGGGUCUCGCCGAGUUCAGCGGAGGGGAUGGAGGCGGGCAUGUUUCCAGAAUCGGAAUCUUUGUUUAGACCGGAGGAAUCCGAUGAGCUACAAAGCUUCAAUGUUUUUUUAUUACCUAUCACAGAUGCCCAUCGACGGGGUGAGAGCGGUCCAGUCGCUGCGCCAGCGGCUGGGGAAACAUUUUGUCCGUGACGUGAGCAACAAUGGGGGCCCUUGAGCUUUUGUUGCAGAACGCGCGUAAGCAUCCCGCACCCACCCAUUGGCACGGUUUGGCUACGUGCGGUGCGAAAGCAGUUCAACGUGCAGGAGCGGGCGUGGGUUCGAUCCCCGACCCCGACGCCUGUAUGUGUGAAGUUUGCAUAUUUCUCUCUCCCCCUCUCUCCCCGUGGUCCACACGCAACGAGUCGUUUCGUUUUUGGACAUCAACACCCCCCCUCCAGUCCACAAACCAUUUUGGAGACUUCAGCGCACUGCGGCUUCCGUCUUACACCCGUGUGCAGGUCGAGCACACGUGCAGCCCUCGGGACGCUCCACCGCCGGACGGGCGGCUCGCAACGCCACUCGCGCGCGUGCCAGUCGGCGCCGCGUCAGCGCGUGGUGUCGGUGAAGUGGCGGCGGUGGUGGGGGGGCGGUAGACGCGGGAGCGUAGAAGUUGCAGUACGCCGACGGCAAUGGACAGCGGGAUCCUCUGCGAGGGCGCCCUUCUGGGGCGUCGCGCAGGCUCGGGGAAGGACCGGGCCUCGGCUUCGGAGAGCCGACGUGACGGGGUUGGUGGGUUCGGAGUUGCGGGGCGAAUGGGCGGCCAGCGGCGUAGCAGGGCGGUUCGUCUUUGUUGUGCUCGUGAUCGUGCUGUGCGCCGUGCGUGUAA